AUGGCAGCUUUAAUGAAGAAAAGAGUAUUAGCAGAGUUUAACCAGAGUCAGGUAAAUUAAAUGUUUGUUUUUAGAAAAAUUUUGGAUUAAAUAUUUCAUUUAAUUAAAUAUCAUUUAUAGGUUGUAAAUGAUCCACCGUUAAAGAGAUUAAGAACAUUACGUCUUAUAUCUAAUUCGGGCAGUAAAAAUGGAAUAGAAGGAAGUUCAGCAUUAGCUUAUAUUGAAUGCCUUGAGAAGUGUAAAUGUGGCAAUGAUGCAUUACAGCUUCUUGUUCGUAUAUCUGAUACAAUUGCGUACAUUUCUCCAGAGGAUGUUCCUUCUGUUGUAAAAAAAUUAUCAGAGAGAUUUACCAUAGAAACAGAAGCGGCGGUUCGUGCCAAAAUACUUUGGAUAUUUGCUGAAUUAGGGGAAAUAACAAAUGAUUCGAUAGAAAAGACAAAAAUUGUUAACGAAACAGCUGAACUUCUGAAAAACGAAGAAUCACAUAGGGUAAAAAGCCAAGGGCUAGCAACAUUGUUAAAGUUAGGAGAUUAUCAUAGGACUCUUGUAUUAAAAAUUGCUCGUGAGCAUUUACCUGAUACUUGGCAUGGUGUACAAACACGCUGCCUUUCUAUUAUUGGUAGAUACUUAACUGCAAAUAUUACAGAUGAUACUUUGCCACUCGUUAGUAAUUAUGCAUAUUCUCAAGAUCCAAGGGUACGUGCGCAAGCAUUUGAAACAAUGGCUGAACUUCACUCUUAUAGAGGUUGUAGAUUACCUGCAAGCUUUUUUGGAGAAGCUUGUACUGCUCUCAGAGAUGAUUAUGAAAUAGUUCGUAGAACUGUCCUCAAAUUAAUAUGGCUUUUAGGCAGAGAAUACCCUGAAAAUAUCAUUGUAGGGACAGAUGGAGAAGAUAUACGUAUGGUGGAUUGUGCAUUUUCUCAAAUUUGUAGCCUUAUGGGCGACUUAUCUCCAAGAGUUAGAGCUUCAGCAAUGUCUCUUCUAGGAACAAUGAAAGGUGUAUCACAAAGAUACAUAGAACAAGCAUUGGAUAAAAAGCAAAAAGUUGUAGAAGCAGAUAGACCAGAAGUAGAAGAGAAAAGUGGAUCAUGCGGUGCCUUUAUUCACGGUUUAGAAGAUGAAUUUCUGGAGGUGAGAACAGCAGCAGUUGAAGCUCUUUGCACCUUAUCCUUGGAACAACCAAACAUAGCUAGAAUUUCAUUAGACUUUAUGGUUGAUAUGUUUAAUGAUGAAAUUCAAGAUGUACGAUUAAGAGCUAUUGAAUCAUUAAGAAAAAUGUCUGCGAGUGUAACGCUUCGUGAAGAUCAAUUAGAAACAAUUUUAGGGGCACUGGAAGACUUUUCAGGUGAAGUACGAGAAGGUCUACAUGCUACCUUGGCUGCUAGUCAACUUGCCACAAGAAAUUGUCUUCACAUGUGUGUAAAUCGUUUACUUGAUAAUUUAAGUCGUUAUCCACAAGAUAAGGAAAGUAUUAGAAAUUGUUUAGCAGCAUUAGGGGCUUCGCAUCCAUAUCUGACAUUACCUUUAGUGCCGCAACUUCUUGGACGGCAUCCAUUUUUUGAUACACCAGAGCCGGAUGUUGAUGAACCUUCUUGUAUCCUUCUAACUAGAAUUCCAGUUUUCUUUAUAAAAUAUAAAUUAUAUUAG